AACGAAACAUUUGCCGUCACAGAUCACUACUUUUCAAUUUCCCCAGUUCUUGUAGAACCGUAUGUUUCGACUUGGUAAAAAUGGCGCAAAAAAGGCAUCUCCUUUCCAUAAAUCACAUCAAAUUUCAACUCUAUUACUCCACAGUUCCAGCAAAUGUUACUAGCAACAAUUUAUUAGUGGAUUUGCUAGUUAACUCAGUUGGAUUCUCAAGAAAAAAAGCUAUUUCUACAAGUACUAAGGUAACUUUCUUGAAACCUGGAAACAAUAAGCCUACAUUAGUUCUUGAUUUCUUCAAACAAAUUGGUUUACACAAACCCCAGAUUAAAUCACUUGUAUUUGCACAUCCUGGAUUGUUAUUUACUAGUGUUGACAAAACCCUUAGACCCAAAAUUAAGGUUCUUCAAGAACUUGGCUUGUCUGGGUCAGAAUUAGCUAGUGUCAUUACAAUAAGUAGUGCUUUGUGCCAUACAAGUCUUGCUACUUGCAUUAGAAAUCUUGAUUAUCUACGAGAAGUAUUGGGUAGUGAUGAUGAUUCAGUAGCUAUGGUUAUAAAAAGAUUACCCUGGUUACUUACUCAGAAUCUCCCAAAAGUAAUGCCACCCAAUUUGUUGUUGUUAAAGAAAGUUGGGUUUUCAAGUAUGGAUAUUAAGAAGUUUUUUCUUAGUCGUCCGUUGGGUAUGAUUAAAAAGCCCGAGUGGCUUGAGGGCGUAGUGUGUCGAGUAGAAAAGGAUUUCUGCAUUCCUAGAGGGUCACCUAUGUUUAAACAUGGAGUUGAAGCUAUUGUAAGUUAUGCUGAGUCUACAUUAAAAGUGAAAGUAGAGAUUUUCAGGAGCUUUGGAUGGUCAGAUACGGAUAUACUCACAAUGGUGCAAAAGCUUCCUUAUUGUUUGACUGCAUCUGAGGUUAAGCUUAGAAAUGGAUUGAAGUUUUUCAUGAAUGAACUGGGAUAUGACACUAGUUAUAUUGCCAGUCACCCUUCGUUAUUGAAGCUCAGUUUGGAGAAAAGGGUCUUGCCAAGGAAUGAAAUCUUCAAACUUAUCAAAGAGAAACAACUUAUAAGGACGAAGCUAUGUUUUUACACUGUUGUGUCAUAUUCAGAAUCAAAGUUUUUGGAGAAUUAUGUGUUGCCUUUCAGGAAUGAGGUGCCUGAGUUGUAUGAUUUAUAUAUCAAGAGUAAGAGCUAACAGAAAAUUCUUUUCGGUUGAGAUGUUGGCAGCAGACCAUUGUUUGUUUUUGAGGUUUAUUCAAUUUUUGGGAUGAUAUUGUUUUUUCCUCUUCAAGCUCCAAUUAAGGAUACUGCUACUAGUUUAGAUUUCAUUGUUGAUGAGCCAUUUCUCAUCAGUGCUAACUGAAAAUUCAAGGCACUCAUUUUCAAGUCAUAUAGUGCCUUUUGGUUAAUGGAGAAGAAAAGUAGAAGAAAAUUUGGAAUUCCUGUGUUCUAAUGUUUAUUCCCUAAAUGUGUAUCUCUAUCGAGACAGUAUAAUUUCCUGUUUUCGGUUCAAAAUCUUUUAUCCUCUUCUCUUUAUGAUAUGGUAGUAUUCUCAUCAAAAUGUGGUCUUGAGGCUUCUUACUAUGUGUGGCGGUGUGGCCUAAUCUGAAGAGAGGAAGACUAGGUCUUUCAUUAUAUCUCGGAAACAUAUCUCCACUCAGCUUGGUCUUGUGUGUCUUGAAUAAACCUCAAUUUCUACAUCCAUGUAACCAUGUAUUGACCAACUUGGAAAUAGCCCUUGGCUGCUGCCUCUUUACGUUUUCCUCUGUUUCUGGAGUGUUGCUGUAUCAAAGGUCGGUUCUCAUAAAAUUUUUAGGUAUA